AUGUAUCGGGAUCCGUCAACUUCGUCCAACUAUGACGAGAUCACGGUUACUCACUAUUUUCUCGAAUGGACUGUGUGUUUUCUUCAAAAAAAUAUUUAUGGCUCAAUCGAAAUGACGUUGAAAGCUUUAAAAGCUGUAGAUAAAAUUGUUCUUGAUGGACAUGGACUAAUGAUUUCAAGUGUGAUUUUGAAUGGACAAGAACUCAGUUUUGAAGUUGAGCCGGGUACACCUGUAGGAGAAAAAAUUGUGAUUAAAUCACCUAUAAGCGAAGGUCAAGAAGUCAAACUCGUAAUAACUUACGCGACAGCCAAAGAAGCCUCAGCUCUUCAAUUCAUGGACAAGGAGCUGACUGCCGACAAGAAGGUAAUGGUAUCGAUUUGA